AUGGCGCAACUAGGCGUCUUCCAUGAUGCCGUGAUUUUAAGCGAGUGGAUCUUGAAAGUGCUCGCCAUCAUGGCCUUGCAAACAGUUUCCAUUGUCACUUUCAAUUUUUCCGCAUUUUAUCAAUCCUCUCAGUCCUUCGACUUGAUGCAGAUAACCGUCACCACAAAGCGCAAUUUAAAAUUGGCAAUGUGCCACAAGACUGGUCACGUGUCCAUUGCGAACCCUUCGCAACCUCAAACCAUGGAGCCCACUUCCACGGGUAUGAACAUGGCCAACCACCGCACUCCAUCUCGUCGACUGUCCCUUGUCUUGCCUACAACUGACUUGUGUGCUCGCCUAUAUAGUCUUUCCGUCGGCCUAUCAACACGCAGCGUAAUAUUGUGGCAUGAUGCUUUUGGUCCAAAUGCAUCAGCAGAUGCAUGUCCGUCAGGUGAUUCGUGCUAUGUUUCAGGUGUGGAUAGAGUGUGA